AGCGCGCCGAGGGGCCGGGCUUUAACAUUCCAAACCACGGAAUGACAUCAGAGACGACCGGGAUUUCUCCUCUUUCUCCAGCCUCAGACAGCCAGGGAGACACGACCCAUUUUGGAAGUUUCAGCCGGUGUGCAUUUCUAAACCGUCACGAUGACCACCAUCAUCAUAAUUGAAGAUCAGGAUGGCUUUGACAAGGCACUGAAGGAUGCAGGAGACAAACUUGUUGUGGUGGAUUUCACAGCAACGUGGUGUGGACCUUGCCAGCACAUUGCACCUAUUUUCAAAUCUUUGUCUGAAAAGUACACAAAUGUGGUCUUCCUGAAAGUUGACGUUGAUGACGCAGCGGAUGUGGCCUCGUCCUGUGACAUCAAAUGCAUGCCAACAUUCCACUUCUACAAGAACUCCGCAAAGGUUGAGGAAUUCUCAGGAAGCAACGCAGCCAAACUGGAGGAACUGGUCAAAACCCACCAAUGAGUAAUCGUGACGUGAAGUACAAACACAUGCCGCUAUCAAUUAAGAGAAGCAUCUCUUUUAAACUGUCUAAUUUGUAUAUUGAUCCUUGUCUGUGUAGAUACAUUAACAACAAUGAAGUUUUUCUUAUCACAUCUCUCGGUUUUCUGUUUUGAAAUAGUAGCCUUCACAACAUGCAGGUGUUAACUUUCCUCAUGCUGUCUGCACAUUCACAAUCACGGGGCUGAUUUGUUUCUUGUUGCCAUACUAUUGCUAGACUUUUGCCCUCAAUAAUAGCUGUAGAGCACUAGGCACAAGUUAGGCAUCUGAUGGCUGCUACAAUAAAGGAAAACAAUUCCACAUGUAAAUUA